CUCUUUUAUGCUUUUUAUGUACUUCCCAGGAACAUUGGUUCCUUCAACCAAAUCUGGAGAUUUAGUUGAUUUACCUACAAGAGCGACUCUUCGUUCUAACCAUCACAAGAGUUUUGAAAAAAACCGAGGGCCGUUCGUGCCAUUUGUGAUAAGUUUUUCAGAUGAGGACAGUGGUAGUGACCGCGAAGAGAGUAAACAGCCAGAUGCUUUACUAGCUAAAGGUAAAUCUCUUCUAUUAGAGAGAAGUAGAAGACCACCUGUAUCUUCUCUAUCAAAAUCACAAUCGCAAUCAUCAAAACAAACUACUAGAGCCAUGUCCAAAGUUAUGCCUAGGAGAGCGUCUCUCAGUCGCACAUUUGUUUCCUCAAGAAACAAAAUUCAUGGAGCUGCUUCUGGGAAUAGAUCCUCUUCUGGCUUGGGUCAUUUACCAAAACCAAAUGUCCAUUUGAACACCACUAAACUGCAAGACUUACGUCAGAUGAUUGCCAUUCGAGAAAAAGAAUUAAAGCUUAAGUCAUCUGGGAAAGAUAAAUCCUCAGGUUUGGGUUCACAUGGGACCUGUGAUACUAUGAACUUCAGGAAUGACAUGGGUAAGCAAACAACUCCAGCUGAAACAAAAGAACCUGAGAAGAAGCGCCUUAAAAUCACUGAACCUCGUCCAAAUACAAUGAGUGCAAGUGAACAAGAAGUUAUGCCUCCUGUGGAAUCAAUGUUAGCAUCAGAAAACUCUUUGUUAGAAAAUGAUUGUCGACAGAGUCCGGAGAAUUCUUGUCAUCGUGAAGGAAAAAAUAAGCCAGGCAUGUCUCAUGUAAUUCAUGCCGAGCAACAGGAUCAAGAUGAAAAUGUGGUCCCUGCUUCGGAAAAUCUACUUAUUGGUGCAAAAAAAGGGUCUGGUACCACUAGCCGCCAAACUGAAAAGAAAUCUAAAUCGGCGUAUUCUUCGAUGUUAGAACAAGCUAUGCAGAUGGCUAAUAAGGAUGAUGAAACUAUUCUAAAGAAAUCGGUAACUAGCAAAACCAUCUACAAUUUAUUAAGGUUUUUGUUCUUCAUCUUGACACAACAAUUUAGGACCUAUGAGAAUUUGCAUGUCCAAACCUUUCGGUCAAAUUGCAUCUCUGUCAUCCAUAACCCAUUGACUCCCUUUAUAAGAAAUUCUAAGGAAGCCUCAUAACUAAGUAGUGAUGAUAAUUAAGAUGCUCAUGUUUCCUGGUCUAACUUCAAUGCUCUUACCUUCAUUCACUAUGUUCUCCAAGGUAGCUCGUCCUCUAGCAGUUACUUCGCUUUGCUCCUUAUUCACAUAGCAGGAGAAAGAAAUGCUCUUUAUUGGUUGAGUUAUGUGGCAUUCAUAGUAUAUUCACCAGUGGUUUGAGAUCUGUAUUGCUUCUAUUUAAAGAAGAAAAAUCAACCUUCAAUCACCUAUUUACAGCUGUCAGUGAAAGUAUAAAGUCUAACGCCAGCUAUUUGCAUAUCUAUUCCUCCAGAAGUAAGUUUGCCAAUUGAAUCCAUUGAACGAAAGUCGCUGACAACGCCUUCCAAUUUAUCGUGAAAUUAUCAUCUCCAAUUUAUGAUUCAAAAACUAUUUUCGAGACACAACUGAUUGAGAUUUCCCCUAUAUAUCUAAUUUGAGAUUGAUCAUCAUAUUGUGUCACAAUCAUUUCCGCACUUUGUGGAUUAUAAAGACCUUCAGUUUUCUUCCUAUCUUUCUUUUAUUUUUUUUAGCUUGUGAAAUUUUUAACUUUUGCUCCCAGGAGCGGAGCCCAUUAAGGCCUAGUGAG